CUUACACACAGACACACACACAGACACACACAGACACACCCACAUGCGCGCUCAAGCGCUCCCUUAGGUGUCGCGAGAAGGCGCUCGACAAUUUGCGCACGAAACAUUUUCACCGCACGCGCUGCUGGAGUCGCCGUUUCCGCUGCUGUCGCCGCCGCUGCUGCUGCCACGACUGCCAAUCAACCUCUCGCGAUGUACGGAUUCAUCAACACGUGCCUCAAGUCGCUGGUCAUGGAGAAGUUCGGAGAGGAGACUUGGGAGAAGCUGCGGACCAUGGCAGAGACGCAGGACACCUUCAUGACCUACACGGCCUACAACGACAACAUCACUAUGCGCCUGGUGACGGAGGCGUGCACUCUCCUAGGGGUUGGCCCCGAGGUGGUGCUCCAUCUGUUCGGGGAGUACUUCUUCGAGUUCUGCAAGCGCUCGGGGUAUGACCGCAUGCUGCGCACGCUGGGCGGCAACCUGCAGGAGUUCAUCGAGAACCUGGACGCCCUGCACAGCUACCUCACCCUGUCCUACAAGGAGAUGAACGCCCCCUCGUUUCGCGUCGAGAAGAUGACGGACGGGAGGAUGCUGCUGCAUUAUUACUCUGAUCGCAAGGGACUGAGCCAGAUCGUGCCAGGCAUCAUCGGGGCGGUGGCGAGGGACUUCUUCUCGAGCGACAUCACCAUGGAGGUGGUGACGCACAGCGAGGAGGACGAGCGCACGGGCAAGAAGGAGCACGUGGUCUUCCUCGUCACCCAGAGUGCGUGGAGCACAGCCACGGUCGCUGCGGCGGCGGCAGCGGCGGCCGAGCGACAGAGCGUCGCAGAGGGCGGCCGCGGCGCGGCGAGUCCCGGCGUGCCAGCCACAACGCCACGGGGCAGUAGGAGGGAGGAGGAACGUCACUCCGCAGACGAGGGUGGUGGCGCGCCACGCCCAGCGAGGAAGAACCACUGGGAGACCAUCCGGAGCAUCGUCACCCUGGGGAAAGGGAGGCUGCUGAGGGGCUUCCAGGCCGUGUUCCCUGACACCCUCUGGGUGGACGAGAGGACCUUCUGCAACUCGUUCCCGUUCCACGUCGUCUUCGAUGAGGAGCUGCGCGUCAAGCAGGCGGGCGUGAACAUCCAGAAGUUUGUGCCGGGCCUGCAGACCAUGGACAUCCGCCUGGACGAGUACUUCACCAUCGGCCACCCGGAGGUCACGUUCACCAUCGAGAGCAUCCGCAAGUUCAUCAACAGCCAGUUCGUGCUCAAGACCCGGCGCGAGAUGCUGCCGGAAGCUCGCAGGAGCCAGCCCAUGCUGGACCUCCGAGGUCAGAUGGUGUGGAUGGAGGGGUCGCGCUCGAUGCUCUACCUCUGCUCGCCUCUCCUGCGCAGCCUGGAGGAGCUGGAGGAGCGUCAGCUGCACAUCUCGGACAUCGCGCCGCACGACGCCACGCGGGACCUCAUCCUCCUCAACCAGCAACGUCUGGCCGAGAUGGAGCUGUCCACUCAGUUGGAGCGCAAGAAGGAGGAGCUGAGGGUCCUCUCCAAGAACCUGCAGGUGGAGAAGAAGAAGACUGAGGCCUUGCUGUACGCCAUGCUGCCCCACCACGUGGCCAACCAGCUCAAGGAGGGCAAGAAGGUGGAGGCGGGGGAAUUCAAGGUCUGCACCAUCCUGUUCAGCGACGUGGUGACCUUCACCAACAUCUGCGCCGUGUGCGAGCCCAUCCAGAUCGUGCACAUGCUCAACGCCAUGUACAUGCGCUUCGACCGUCUCACCACCGUGCACAACGUCUACAAGGUGGAGACGAUUGGCGACGCGUACAUGGUGGUGGGCGGCGUGCCCAUACCCGUGCCGUCGCACGCCGAGCGGGUCGCCAACUUCGCCCUCGGCAUGGUCCUGGCCGCGCGCGAGGUCACCAACCCGGUCACCGGCAGCGCCAUACAGAUCCGCGUGGGGAUCCACUCGGGGCCCGUGCUGGCCGGCGUGGUCGGGGAGAAGAUGCCGCGCUACUGCCUGUUCGGCGACACGGUCAACACGGCGUCGCGCAUGGAGAGCCACGGCCUGCCCGGGCGCAUCCACCUGAGCCCCAGCACCCGCGAGGCCCUGCAGGGCAAGGAGUUCGACGUGGAGGAGCGCGGUGAGAUCGAGGUGAAGGGCAAGGGGCGCAUGUCCACCUACUUCCUGCUCGGCAACCGCUCGGUGGGCGAGCAGGAGAUCCUGGGCCGCACGGGGCCCCUGCCCGUGGCCGACGCGGGCGGCGGCGCGGAGACGGCCACGCACGCGGGCGAGGGACCGGACCGGUGGAGCGUGCCCAUGAAGUACUCGGACUCGGGGGACUCGACGUCGCACCUCGGAGGCGCGGCGCACUCCUCCCCUCUUCGGUCCGGCACCGGAACGCCGGCGCGGAGCGGCCAAAGCCGUGCGAGUCUCCACACCGAGCCCUUGGCGGACGGGCCGGACGGGUCAGAUGGGCCCAGAGUGACCUCGAAGCCCCACAAAGGCCCCGUGGAGGCGGCGACGAGGAUGAACGGCUCCACCUCCCCUGUCGACCGCCACUCGCGCCUCUGCUUGCUCCUCUGAUAUCCAGCGUGGCCUCCUCCGUCCGCUGAAUUGCUCAUCAUCGUCGUCGUCGUCGUCCUCAUCGUCGUCCUUAUCGUCGUCACGAGCGAGCGACGUCAGCAUCGUCGAUGCACGAAGCCACUUUAGUCCACGGGCCAAGUAGAGGCCUGGGCCGCACGUUGUUCUUGUUGUUGUUGAUUAGGUGGUUGAGCUGGUUGUGGUGGUUGAGGAGGUUGAAGUGGUUGGGGCACCAGCACCAUCGGUUUCUUUCCCUUUGACCAAGCCAGCUGGAAAGCAGCCCGAUCUCGUCACAUCUCAAAAGCUAAGCCGGGUUCGAGCCUGGACACUGCUUGGAUGGGUGACUACCAGAGGCGGCGUGAGGUGGGAGGUCGCGAGUGGGUUCCCCGUGGUGAUUGUCCGGAGAUUACCGAGAGCAUCUGCGAAGUUCACCCCCCCCGCCCCCCCCCCCCCUUAUCCCACCGCCGCCCCUACUUGCUCACGGAUGAGUGGAGUUCCACUCUGGUGACGUUCAACCCGCGCAGCUACUGCUGACUCGCUCCCGGAGCUGACGGUCGGUGCGCCACUCUGUGUGUUUAGCAGCGUUUCGUCAACUGGUGAAGGGAAGGAAGGGCAGGCCCCCACGAGCGGCCUGCCGCCACGGGCAGAACCUCGCGGGCGGCAAAAGGGCAGUGCAACAAACCAUGCCGUUGCAUCGUACCCCUGAUCUCCCGCGUGUGUGCUAUCCCCCUGUGCCGACCCGCACUGACCUGCGUGUCGAAGUGCGGUAAAAUAUUGCCACAGCACGAACAGGCAUGGGUAGGCCCUCGUCUAGCAGCGGAUUGCCAAAAGGGCCAAUAACCAGACUUGCACUCACGCCGAUCAUAAAUGCAACGACGUGCGUCCCACGUCGGAUACGUUGUACAUCACUGACCUGUACUGGACCCUGUGUGUGUACAUUGGAUGACUGGAUGGAUAGAGGUGGAGUGGACAUCAUAAAUGUUUGGGUUUGGGUGGCAAAACCCAAGUCCUUGCACUGGCCUGCAUGCGUGCACACUCGGUAGCUACUACAUCACCGAGUGUGGCGAUUGGUAUCUGCGUAUAACAUGUCUCGUUAGGCUGUGUAGAACAUGUGCUGUGUGGUAGCAAACCACAGCUGUGUAAAUAACCUCUCUGCAGCUACUGCGCUUCGUCUUAGCAACAUAUCAUGCAGACGGUCACCGCCGUCUGAUAUUAAACUGCGAUCCUCACGCGUGAUUAUAAACUAAUGCGAAUGCUCGCUGCAUAUAUAUGUAAAACAAAUAAAGCUUGUUUCUGUUUCUCUAA